GCUGCGGGCAGCGAAAAGUUGUGUGCACCAGCAGCAACAACAAAUGAGCAGCAGCAGUCUUUGUUUCGGUCACGGGCGUGAAUUGUAUCAUCGUGCCGUGCCGUCCCAGUGUGUCUAGCUGUAGUCGGGCACAGUGCGGAACCAUCUGCAUAGGGGGAUGAUUUCCCGUAGCGAUUUCGUUCUCCAAACGGGCAACUAGGUAGUGCUUCUCCGUAGCCUUACGAUAGGUGGUUCCGUUCCGUUUGUAGCGUUUGUUCUUGUAACACCGUCGUGUAAAUAUAGCGUUUCCGUGUUAGUGCUCUAGUGCGACCAGCGAGAGUGAAGAAGCGCUCCGUGCGUUACUGUGCGUUUGUCGAUGCGCACAUGUGUGUGAGUGCGAUUUUUGUAGUGUUAUUUUGUGGGGAUUGCGUCUGCACACCCAUUAUUCCCACGCCAACUGUGCUGUGCAGCAUCCCCUUCACUAUGCGAUCGCUAUGGUGAGCGGUGCUUUCGUUCGUGCUAGCAUAGAAGUUCACUGUGCGUGUUGUGUAGUACCAGGGCAGGGCAGAAAGCAGUAGAGUUUGCCCCCACCCCGCUUACAUGGGUAUCAUAAGGCGGGUGUCGUUGUUAGCCUUUCGUCCUGAUUUGUUGUUCCCCGUUGCCAGUAGUAAGCGCGAUAGGCGUAGCACGAUUAGUACACUUUCGUUCGGUCCGUGUGUAUGGUGAAGCGCCUGAGCGGCAGCGCUCAUCGACCAGCGUGAAAGCAAAAGGAGCGUGGGUCUUGUGUUUUGGUGUUAAGCAAGGAGAGAGGCAAAGAAGAAAAAUAAAAAUCGCGCGCGCCACGGAAGGUUAGCAGCAGCAAGGCAAUCCGUGGCCCCGGAUCCGCGCCCGUGUGACCGAUGGUGCGCAAUAAAUACACGCUAACCACCGCUGGCAAGUCGCCCAGUAAAAAAUCGCGCACCGGCAGCCUGAGCAAGCAGCACGACGCCACCGGCGACGACGACGGCGAAACCGGCACCCUGGACGGCAGCGGAAGCGCCGCCGGCAGUCCUGUAGGAGGCGGAACCGACGCGGGCGCCAAACGAUGUGACGGCGGCUCGGUCCACAAGCAAAACCUUUACAUCAUUUCGUUUCCCGUUAUCUUUGUGUUUAACGUGCUGCGCUCGCUGCUGUAUCAGUUGUUUAUCGUUUUUCGCUACGUGUACAACUUCACCACGAAGGUGGUGUACCGGCCGGUCCGGAAGGAGUGCGGGCUGGAGAUCGUGAUCAACACGGAUCAGCACGGCCAUCAUCACCAUCACCAUCAUCGGCACAGUAGCCACAGCAUCCACAGUACCGCCGCCGCACACCAGCUUCAGCAGCAUCAGCAGCAGCAGCAUCAAUACAGCCUACUGCAACAGGAGCAGCACGGUGUCACAGAACCUCAGCAGCAGCAGCAGCAUCAAGCGGCCCAUCCGCUGCAGUGCUCACAGAGUGGCAUUUUGGUAAACGGCGAAGGUCGCGAAAUGUCCAUCCAGCGGUCAGCGAGCGGCAGCCAGGUGGGUCCCGGGGAUCCGCUGCUGGCGAAGCAGAAGCAUCACCACCGGCGUGCGUUCGAGUACAUUUCCAAGGCGCUCAAAAUCGACGAAGACAACGAGGAUCAAAAAGAGCUGGCCAUCGAGCUGUACCGGAAGGGCAUACUGGAGCUGGAGCGUGGCAUCGCCGUCGAGUGCUGGGGUGGCCGGGGCGAGGUCUGGGAGCGGGCCCAGCGGCUGCACGAUAAAAUGCAAACCAACCUCUCGAUGGCACGCGAUCGGCUGCAGUUUCUGGAACUUAUGUUGGAAGCGAAACGGCUUGAGUUGCUCGAAAGCAGCGAGCAAGGCGAGCAAACGCACAAGCAACCACCACACUCCACCGUACGGCGCCAGAACACGUUCACACUCGGCGAUGAGGACACCUCGACCGCGUUGUCAUCCGCGAAAGCCGCCACUUCCGGUGGUGCUGCUUCUGCGCCCGAACGAAAGUUUAAGCUGCCCAUGUUCAUUCCAUCCGACCUGCACGAAACGGGCAGUGGCACCAGAAGUCCCACCACCACCAUGCCUUAUCGGGACGUGAAAUCAAAGCUGCACAGUACGCCGACCGAGAACAGGAUGGUAUCGUUUAAUGAAAACUGUACCAUCACCACCAACCACCAUCCGGCCCGGGGUACUGCUGCUUCGUCGAGGCCAACAACGGCCGCCACUGCGCCUGCCACACCAUCACUGCCCAUUAAACAAACCGCCAGCGAAGCAUCCGGGCGGAAAUUAACAGUCGGGUACAAGCGUCCCGGCAAUCUGGGCGUGAUGAAUAAAUCGCAAACCCUGCCCCGCAGCAUGGGCGGCACCCGCACGACCCCGACCGGAACGGGCGGAGCGGGCGGCAUUGCCGGCGGGCUCGGGAACGGCGGUACGUACGGAGGCAGCAUCGUGGGCGGUGGUGCGGGAAUGCCAAAAAUUGUGCCAAAACCGGCCGCAACGCCACCUGCCAUCAGGCGUCAGUUUUCCAUUCCUGGAAGCUCGCCAGUGCGGAAGGCCAGCAAUGGUUAUGGUAGCAAAAAUACGCCACCGCCACGCUCGAAAACUCCCCUCGCCGGUCAGCAGCCGCAGCAACCUCAGCAGCAGCAGCAGCAGCAGCCACAAAUUUCCGUCAAGGGCGUUGAACCGAAGCUGGUACAGAUCAUCAUGGACGAGAUAGUCGAGGGCGGCGCCAAGGUCCAGUGGCAGGACAUUGCCGGCCAGGAGGUGGCGAAGCAAGCGCUCCAGGAGAUGGUCAUCUUACCCUCCGUGCGGCCAGAACUCUUCACCGGGCUGCGUACACCGGCGAAGGGGUUGCUGCUGUUCGGGCCGCCGGGCAACGGCAAAACGCUGCUGGCCCGUGCCGUCGCGACCGAAUGUUCCGCCACGUUCUUCAGCAUCUCGGCCGCAACGCUCACGAGCAAGUACGUGGGCGACGGGGAGAAGCUGGUGCGCGCCCUGUUUGCGGUCGCGCGCGAGCUGCAGCCGUCGAUCAUUUUCAUCGACGAGGUCGACUCGGUGCUGUCGGAGCGGAGCAGCAACGAGCACGAGGCAACGCGCCGGCUGAAGACGGAGUUUUUGGUCCAGUUCGAUGGGCUGCCGGCCAACUCGGAGGCGGACCGGAUAGUGGUGAUGGCCGCCACCAACCGGCCCCAGGAGCUGGACGAGGCGGCGCUGCGCCGGUUCCCGAAGCGUGUCUACGUGACGCUGCCCGAUCGCGAUACGCGCGAGCUGCUGCUGCGGCGGUUGCUGCAGAAGCAGGGCAGUCCGCUGAGCGAUGCCGAUCUGGCCCAUCUGGCCCAGCUGACGGAGGGUUACUCGGGGUCGGAUUUGACGGCACUGGCGCGGGACGCGGCGCUAGAACCGAUACGAGAGCUUAACGUGGAGGAGGUGAAAAAUAUGGACCCGACCAAGCUGCGCAGCAUCCGGGAGAGCGAUUUUCACAACUCGCUCAAGCGCAUCCGCCGCUCGGUGGCACCGCAAAGCUUAGCCGCGUACGAGAAGUGGCUGCAGGACUUUGGUGACGUUACGCUAUAAGCAGGUGGAGUGGGAACAGGAAGGCACCUCGUGGGAGGUUGUAGGACGCACAAACAUGUCGCAGGAAGUGUGUGUGGCCAUUAUGAAGAGGGAGGCAGUAGGAAAGCUGGCAUCGGUCUGAAAUCGUCGCCAGACAAAGACUUACGGUGUUGCGUGUCUCGGUGCGACGGUGUGUAUGUAUGCGUAUUAUGUAUAGUUGUAUGUUCGCUUCACUCGCAAGCUCUUUUUUUCUUGUUAAUCACAUCGUCUACACGAUCUUUAGCUAUUAUGCGUAUUUGUACAUUUCAGUUUAGUUGUUGUACGCCUAUAGGGUAGGCGUAAGGAAAGACACUCACACAUUUGCACUUAAACUUAGCUACAGAACAAACCGUCUAGAUAGCAAUGAUUAUUCCUCAAACUCCAAAUGCUCGUGCUAUCGUGGUUUGUUUUCUCCUUUUCUUUAAUAGUUUGUGUACCGAUCCGGCUAGGCAAACAACUAACCGUUUGGUGGUACUGCCCAAUGAAUGUAUAUAAUGGAGAUGAUGUGCGGAAGCGAAACGGAGUGUCCAAACCAACCGACCGACCGGAUCAUUCGCGUAGGUUAAUUCAACGUUGUAUGCAUCUAUCCUCGCAAACGAAUAAGAAAACAAAACAAUCUCCGUUUGCCGCUCGUUCGAAAGUGAACAAAGUUUCUAUUAUACAAGUAUUCUUACUUUAUCACUAUUGCAACCAGUUGUGAUGGCGUGCGAUGCUUUAGAUGCUGCGCGAAGGAAGGUGAACGCGAGACAGGAAAUCAAACAGAAAUUUGGUAUUUGUCGGUGUAAAGAACAUGUAAACAAGCUGAACAAACUGGGUACGUUACUGGUUGUUUUGUUUAUUUCUCUUUGUUCAAUAUGUACAUGGUUAAGAAUUUUAGAGGCUUUGUUUAUUGUUUAAGUGUAAAAGAGUAAUGGGGAGAUUCGGUAGCUUCAACCGAAAACGGCACAAACACGUACUGUUUGUACCAUUACAAACGGUUUUAUACAAUGGAUGCUGCUUGCAAUGCGUGUGCGCUUGGUGAGCUCUCGGCAUACCACGGUUUACGCAUUAGCAUGGGCAACGAAUGCAACAAUGUGUUGUACAAUUACAGCGAUACUACGCAGGCACAUCGGGAUAUUAGUUUGAGCCAAAUUGGUUUACCAUUUUAAAUGUUUUUAUAAAAGAAUUAGCAAAUACAGCUGCAAAAUGCAAGAUGUUUCAAUUCCUUUAAUGGCUUUAAUCCACCUUACACAUUAGCUUUCCCUUCUUUUUUCUCUUAAUGUGAAACAGCAGUUGCCUUGAAAUUGAAACCGAAACAGCCUGAUGAACCGUUCGGGUCUUAAUCAAAGAAACAAAAACAAAACAUAACAAAAUAACAAAACGAAAAAUAAAUCAAACGCAAAAAACAAAAACCAUUCGCUUUUAACGCAUCAUAAACAUCAUUAUUAGCAUUGUCAAGCAAUACCAUCACCAUCACACACAAGCUUCUUCCGCGGGGAGUAAGGGAACGGCACAAAAACGGGAACUCUCCAUUUGCGGAACGCGGAAAGCCCCCGCCACACAUAAACGCAAUCAUUGCGCAUAACGCGCUCCGCAAACACGCCAAAGCAAAUGCCUCAACCAAAAGUAAUGUCGCAAUCACAAUACGCAGCAAAUUUGUCGAUAGGUAGAAACUGUGUGGCGGCACUGGCAACAGCCGGUUGAACGGCCGGUUUUUACACCUUUUGCUCUCUGUACGCUGCGUACACGAGAAGGAAGGGUACCUACUUGCCAUACACGCCAUAUAGUGUUUUGUUUUACAAAUAGCUCCUAGCCGCCUAGUACGUACAUGGGGAGUAAGUCUUAUACAUACAUGCAAGGUUAGGAGCAGUAAGUCUUACGGUGCAUCCAAGUGCAUCCAAAAUCAAACACACACACACACAGUCGUUUGGCGGAUACAGUGCUCUACUAUACAAAUAACAAACAAAUCGUAACCGCUGGGAGCGUAGAUUCGAACGACGACGACGGAAUUUGUACAAAAAGAUACACCAAACUAACCACACACACUACUACACACAACUAAAGCAGAGAUAGGAUUUUGGGGGUAGUAUGGAGAAAUUCACACCAAGCUUAGGGAAGUUUUAGCAUGAGUUUUGUGUUCACUUUGCAGCAGGUUACCAUUUAGCUAUAGCGUUCACUAACCGUUAUUCACUCUCCCUUCUCCCUUCGUGUUGCUCGUCAGCUACUUAGCGUGUUGGUUUGUGUCGUUUCAUAGCGAUUGGGGCUUUUCUUCCUGUAUCCUUUACAAAACUUACUUAGCAAAAAAAAAACACACAUUCCAUCCAGUAGUGAUGCAACACAAAGCACAGAAUGGCAAGCAAUCAGGCGAACAAGAUUCAAAGGUUUUCCCGCUCGCUCUUUUUCUGCUCUAAUGAGCAUUACUAGUAGGCUGUGGUGCUGUUUUAGAACAACGCGCCGUCAGUAAUGUGUUGUGCUGGGUAGGUGAAUUGGUGAUAGACAAAAAAUGGGCCACACAUUUAAUUAGCAUUGGAAUUGGUCCCUCAAUCUCUCUCUUUACUGGCCGAAAACAACGAUCGUGGAACGGAUUGCGACUGGGCUUUGCGGGCGCAUAAUUACGGCGUACGUAACGUCCGUUGAAAUCCCUAGCGUGUAACAGUAGUGUAAGCAAAAACACACAAAUCAGUUUUAGCAGUUGCUUAUCGCGCGAAAAAGAUAACAAACAAAAUGGGGAAAAAGAAGAAGAAAGCAAAAGUGGAAACCGAGUGAGUUGCUAACAUUAGUAAUAGUAGUACUAGUAGUGGUAGUAGUAGUAAGUAAAACAGAAAAUAGAGAAGAACAAAAAGCAAACAACAUAACCACACAAUAAUCGAUAAAAGAGCAAACAACACAAAGUAGAUUUCAUAAAAGCAUUCACACAAACUCACAAACAUGAUGAAAGACGGUGACGAAAUGAAGCAAAUAAACACACACACACACACACACACAAACCAGAGGAUGGAAACGAAUGAAACAAAAGAUCCAUCUCAUAUCCGUCAAGAAGACAGAAAUAAAACUAAUCCAAAAGAAAUGAAAACAAAAUUGAAUCACGAUUUGUGUGUUCGGCUUUCGGAAGUGUUUAAAAUGAUAAUGAAAAGAAAUACACACUCACAUUCUUAAUUAUUAUUUUUUUGUUGUCAAUCCACUUUACUCUUUUCCACACACGCGCGCGCACACACACACAAACAACACACACGUACUGUGCGCCCGUUUUUUUGUUUGUUUGUUUGUUUCUUCUCGCCAUUUAUUACUCACACCCGGCGCGCCCUCCCCAUAUCUUUCAUAGCACGUCUCCCUCUCUCUCUUUCUUUCCCUACUAACGUGUUGUUUUGCGCUUUUCCUGUUUCCUGGUUUUGUUCUCUUAAAAUAACUAAUAUAAUUGAUUCGUCUUACCCACCCCGGUCCUUUUUUGUUUGCCUUCUUCUUUCUUUCUAAUAGUUGUUUUUUUUUGUCUCCGUCAAUCAUCAUUUCUCUCUCUUUCUCUCUUUCUUUUUUUUGUUUAAGUUUUCCCAUUUUCUUUAUCUGUUUUGCUUUUCUUGUAAUUAUAUCACACAUGUCGUCGUCUCUCCCACACACCCCCGGAUUUGUGCAAACCAUUAUUAUUAUUAUUAUUAUUAUUAUUAUUAUUCAGCAUAAUCCAAUAGUCCUUAACAUCCUAAUGUAGCUUACAAACUAUGGGGGCGUCGUCUUAUGUACUACUCCAACUGCACCUCCUGCUUCUCCUCUCACCUCCAUUAGAGCACACUCACUCACACUCUCUCUCUCUCUCUCUUCUGCCACAAUUAUGCGGUUUUUUGGGUGACAGAAUCCGUCCCUAAUGCUGGAUCCGGAAACGGAUUUAGUGCGUGUGGUUUGUCUUUUUCGUUGUACCUCGCGGGGGUUUCCAUCAACCAUUUCCCCAUCUCCCACUUUCUCUUAUUAGCCCACUUCCCCCUCCCCCCCCCCCUCGUGUACUACCUUAGGAAAACAUUUGGCUUCUUCUUCUUCUUCUUCUUCUUCUGCACCUUCUUGUAGUAUUCGACACCCUCGGACUCUUCUGUAUCCACCCACCCGCGCCAUCAAGCAUGGGGGUGUUGUGGAGUUGUGCACCUUCCUUUCUUCAGUGAACUCACCCACGUGUGUGUGUGUGGGUGCAUUUUCUUUAAAGUGUUGUCUUUUUUGUCGUCGAUUCCGAGGGAUCCUAUUCUUUGCACUUUCCUCCAUUUUCCCACCCUUCCCACUUUCCCCUUACCUAACCUUACCAGCACUACCUACGGGGGAGAGGCUUUUAUAGUUAAAUUCAUGCACACACAACACAACUCGGCAUCACUUUUUCCACACACACAUAUCUCUCUCUUUCUCUCGUUGUAAUUGUCCUCUCUUUUUUUUUGCGCGCACAGUCCAAUUUGAGAGUUUUGUACGCCGUUUCAGCGGUUUUUUAGUAUUUAGCGUGUUUCACUCACUCACUCACUUAGUUUAAAUAAUUGGCUCACAUCGCGUCCACAGCUGCGACCCCGUGGUACCGUCGUCAGCUCGCACAACUUAACAACAUGUUACCCUCCCGUUUGUGGGUUCAAAUCUCAUGUGGGACACCGCGUCCAUUCCAUAGCGCUUUAGGGGAUUGACUUAUUUAUUCGGCUGCGUGUAGGUAGAAGGACUCUCAAGAAGGUCUCAUAAGCCUGUUGUGCAUAAGCUGCACGUCGUAGGUCAUAUUAGCCAUAUAGAAGAAGAACGGUGUCCACACAACCUUUCCAGCACCCUACUUUUCUCUUCCUCCCACGGCCAAUCUCGUUCAUUGCCUUGUCUCCUCUAUCUUAAAUAGUUAGUGCUGUGUUUUACCUUCCUCUUCUUGCUGUGUGACAGUAUCUUACUUACUCACUAGGACACAGUAGCUUUAACGGCUAGUUUUUUUUACUCCCCGCACCCCCCUUAAUUUCUCAUUUCUUCCUUUACACUAUCAGACACACACAAACAAAUCCUUACGUAUAUAAUUUAAACCCUUCCAUCCACUUCACUUUGCCUUAUGGAAACACACAAACACACACACAGAGACGGACACACCUGAACCGUCUAUGAAAAGUA